AUGAUUCUCUGCGUUCCAGGUCCCCGAGGUCUUUUGCCCACUGCUCCAACCCCUGAGGCACCCCAGAGGGGUAUGCGAGCAGGCACGGUAGCUCCUACGCCUUGCCUUCAGAGCAGCCCGCCACUAUGGGAUCCCACCAAGGAUCUGCGGGCCAUUGCCAGCAACUUCUGCUACUUGGAAACAUCAGGGUGGUAUUGGGGAGCUAUAAGUGCGGCCCAGGCACACGGAGCACUUCAAGAGGCCUCUGAAGGGGCUUUUCUGGUACGGGAUAGCAGCCACCCUCUUUACAUGCUCACCCUCUCAGUCAAGACAGCCCGUGGUCCCACCAGCAUACGCAUCCAGUACAGCUGUACUCGCUUCCUACUGGACUGCAGCUCACCGGCCCGGCCCAGCUUGUCGUCCUUCCCCAACGUGCCCAGCCUGGUGCAGCACUACAUGGGGCCACAGAGGAGAACAGAAAACGAGGAGGGGGGCACGGCGGCUAAAGAGGCACCUUCCAAAGUGACAAUCCAAGAGGCCUCAGCGUCAGUGGUGCUAAAAUUAAAGCGACCCGUGUACAAGCCGCAAAGCCUACCCUCCCUGCAGCACCUCACGCGCCUCGUCAUCAACCGGCAUUCAGAGUGCCACGACCAGCUACCACUCCCCAGGCCUCUGCUGCGUUUCUUACAGGAUUACCCCUUCAAGGUAUGA